CGCGGGGCUGGGCGCGCUCUGCUGCGCGGUCCGCAGUGGAGGCGGCGCGAACAGCAAGGGGGCGGCGGAUGGCUCUGCGGGGCCUGGCAGCCUCGGGGCCCAGCUCCCGCGGGCCGUUGGACGAGGCCGUGGCUGCGGCCGAGGAGCGCGGGGCGCCGGCCGUGCUGGCGACGGGAGGCGCGCCGGAGGACGAUGAAGAAGAUGAGGGCCGCGGCCGGGGCCUGCUGCGCUGGGACGGCUUCUCGGCCUGGCUGCACUGCGUGUGUGUGGUGGGCUUCGACCUGGAGCUGGGCCAAGCCGUGGAGGUAAUUUAUCCUCAACAUUCCAAACUUACUGAUAAGGAAAAAACCAAUAUUUGCUAUUUGUCUUUUCCAGAUUCAAAUUCAGGUUGUCUUGGAGAUACCCAGUUUUGUUUUAGAUUUCGACAAUCUUCUGGGAGGAGGGUGUCACUGCAUUGUCUCCUGGAUCAUUAUGACAAAGAUUUACCAGUUUACUUAAAGAAGGAUCCUGCUUAUUUUUACGGAUAUGUGUAUUUCCGACAAGUUCGAGAUAAAAGUCUAAAAAGAGGCUACUUCCAGAAGUCCUUGGUUUUGAUCAGCAAACUACCUUACAUUCAUUUUUUUCAUACCAUGCUCAAACAGAUAGCACCAGAGUAUUUUGAAAAGAGCGAACCUUAUCUGGAAGCAGCUUGUAAUGAUGUUGAUCGAUGGCCUGCCCCAGUGCCAGGGAAGACAUUACACCUGCCUAUUAUGGGGGUUGUAAUGAAGGUACGGAUUCCCACAUGUCAUGACAAGCCUGGGACAACUCAAAUAGCACAGUUAACUCAGCAGGCAGACACACAUAUAUCUGUUAUUUUACCUACUGUUCAUGAGGUGGAUCUUUUCAGGUGUUUCUGCCCAGUUUUCCUUCAUAGUCAGAUGCUUUGGGAGCUGGUCCUGUUGGGGGAGCCCCUCGUGGUCAUGGCACCGUCACCAUCAGAGUCGUCAGAGACUGUAUUGGCACUUGUGAACUGUAUUUCUCCAUUAAAGUACUUCAGUGACUUCCGACCUUACUUCACUAUUCAUGAUAGCGAAUUCAAAGAAUAUACUACUCGUACUCAAGCCCCGCCCUCAGUCAUAUUAGGAGUAACCAACCCUUUUUUUGCAAAAACACUCCAGCAUUGGCCACACAUUAUUCGAAUAGGAGACCUUAAACCUGCAGGUGAAAUUCCUAAGCAGGUUAAAGUGAAAAAAUUGAAGAACCUAAAGACUCUGGAUUCUAAACCUGGAGUUUAUACUUCUUAUAAGCCAUAUCUAAAUAGAGAUGAAGAGAUCAUAAAACAAUUACAGAAGGGUGUACAACAGAAACGUCCUUCUGAGGCUCAAAGUGUUAUUCUCCGUCGCUAUUUUUUGGAACUGACACAAAGUUUCAUCAUUCCAUUAGAAAGAUACGUGGCAAGCUUGAUGCCUUUGCAGAAAAGCAUCUCUCCAUGGAAGAGUCCACCCCAAUUAAGACAAUUCCUUCCAGAAGAAUUUAUGAAAACACUUGAGAAAACAGGACCUCAGCUGACCUCUAGAAUAAAAGGCGAUUGGAUUGGACUUUACCGGCAUUUUCUAAAAUCUCCGAAUUUUGAUGGUUGGUUCAAGACCCGGCGGAAGGAAAUGACCCAGAAAUUGGAGGCACUCCAUUUAGAAGUUCUUUGUGAAGAGGACUUACUUCUCUGGACCCAGAAACACACAGAGGUAGAAACAGUUGACCUUGUAUUGAAGCUAAAAAACAAGCUGUUGCAGGCUGAUCGAGAACAUUUACCUGUGAAACCUGACACUAUGGAAAAGUUACGGACACACAUAGAUGCAAUUAUCUUAGCGUUGCCAGAGGACCUACAAGGCAUACUGCUCAAAACGGGCAUGACAUGAUAUUUGCCAGGAUUUUCCAGCCAAAAAGGAUUGUGCACCAUGAAGCAUACUGACAUUUCAACCCGACGCGCAAAAGAGAUGUCUCAGCGUGGAAAAUAGCCGUGAAUGCUAGCUACAGGGUGGAAAGACUAUACUGACUAAACAGACCUUCUUAGUGCAUUAUUUUUAAAAAUGGACAUCUGUGGUGGUUCCACUUUAAUAUUGAAACACCGAGAGGCAUUUCUAUAUUUUUAAUCAUGUUCUAAAGUGCUCUUAUGAGAGACCUGUGGGGCCAUCAGUAUAAGUGAUUCCAAACUGCAGUGCUGGCACUGCAGAUAUUUUUUUAAAUUGGUGCUGCUUUGCCCAAUCAUGUUAAAACUCAGGGGGAUAUAUAAAAAUAACAUUCACACUGGCUCUCUUCUUAAGAAGAAGGAAAAUACUGAACUGUCCAACUGUAGUUAGAAGUGAUUAAUGCUUUUGUAGUGCCUUCUGUUGUCCUACAUGUUUCACAAAGCCCAGCUGCUACUCUUGAAGCUUUUUCUUGAUUAUGAUACAUAAUUUUAUAAGGCAUUCUUCUGAGUAAUCAUUGCUUAAAAAUACAUUUCUUGCCUCCCAUCAUGUUUGUUGUUAGUGCCCUGGUGGGUGAUUUUUUUCAGUGGUCAUGUAAGUUUCAUUUCAGUAUAUUCUAUUACCAUUUCAAAUUUAAUCUUACCACUUUCUCCAAAGGCAAGAAAGCAUCUGGCAUUAAUUAUGGAAGGGUUUAUUUCCUCUUAUCAUUUACUGGUUGGACCUGUUUAAGUUAAUUAGCUUGUAUGUUUUUCAGAGACACUCUAAUUGUAAAACUCAUAAUCAGCUAUUUUUAAAACUGAACUAUUCUUAUUUCAAAGGUAUUCAUAAACCUUUUAUGUUAUAGUCAUUUGGGUGAUUAUAAGAUUAAUUUUCAGCAUUAUUUGUUUAGUAUGGAACUUUUUUCCCCCCAAAUUCAUAUUUCUCUGAACACUUUCCCUACUGUUGUUAGACAUGGGGAAUUUUGCCUAAAUUGCUGUUAGAGCUAGUUUGUUGUUGUUGUUGUUGUUGUUGUGUGUUUUUGUUUUGUUUUGUUUAAACUGUGCUACCUUGCCAAAAAUAGAAGAUUGUGGUUUGGUAGAGUACAGUUGUUUGGUUUGUGUUUGAGUAGGAGUGUCCUCCAGAAGCCACUAUUUAAAAUAGCCACACAUGACAUAGCACAUAUGUAAAUAGCUGUGUCUUGAAUUACCCUCUAAGUAACCAAAUUUAGUUGUUAUGUGUUUGUAAUAGAAAUGACUUCAGAAGCUAUCUCUUGUUUUCUGUUAAUGCAACUCUUAAGGGCACUUCUGACCCAGAAAGCCUCCUUGUGUUUGUAACUGUGGUCUUAUACCCAAAUGUGCCCUUUUCUCAUGGAUACAGUCUCUUGAAGCAUACCUCAAAGUCAUAGAGAGAAUAUGGCAUUUGAAAGAAAUCAUUUGCCUUGGAUCCAUAUGAGUUAUUUUGUGAAACAACAUUGUCUUUAUGGAAAAGGGGCAACUACUUUUAUAUGCUAAAGUAUUUCAUAUCUUUCUGGGAAACCUUAUUUAGGUAUAAAUCGUCAUCUUAUUAUUUUUCAAAAAGGGGUAUUUUAAUAAUCUUACAAUUUAUAUACAGUUUGUGGCCAGAAUUUGGAAGUCCUUAGUGUCAUAUCAAGGAUCUUUUAAAUUAUACCACUACAGGAUGUAUCAUUUCAAGUUUAUUUUGCACAGCUAAUGAGUAACAAAGGAUGCCAAGUAGCACAAUAACAGUAUCUUCAUAUUUAACUAAAACCUAACACAUGUUGAAAACCAUUAUCAUACUUACCUGGUUUAUUAAUUUCAAAUUAUGUAUUUGUAAAAAUAACUUAAAAUUGGAUUGGGAACCUGAGAAAGACUGACUAGUAACAAUUUUUUGUGUGAUUUUCAGUGUUGUCUUUUUUUUUUUUUUUUUUUUUUUUGAGGAGACAUUGUUAAGAUCUAAAACCUACCGUUUAAUGUUUAUCUCCACCAGCAUCAGAAGGAAUCACUGCUUUCAGGGUGUUAUGUAAUGCCUAGUGCCUUCUGUUUUCAGUGGAAAAGAGGUUUUAUGAAGGCAUUUAUGGCCAUUACUGAAAAGUGAAUUAAAGGCCUUGGAUUUUAAAGCACUUGGAUAUCUUGUGUUAUUUCUGAGUAAGGUUGGAAUGCUUGAAAAAACACAUAAUAAAUGAAACUUGUGCAUUA